AUGUUGAACAAUAUGGAUUUGAAUGCGAAAGAUUCUUUUUACCCUCAGUUUGAAAAUUGCAACAGUUCUUCCCUGGGGAUGGAAAACAGCGUGCGGAAAGAUAAUCAGGAGGUGUAUGUCGAUGCAGAGCGGGGGGUACCUGCCCAGUUUGGCCAUGAAGGAACCCCUGCAACUCUCAAAACCGAAGCUUCCAACUCGGAAUUUGCGUUCAACCCCUGCGAGUGCCCAAAAGACACCUACACCCCCUCCUCGCUCGCCUACUCUGGCAGUUUCUAUGUUGAGGCAUCUCAGGGAGCGCCGUGCAGCACCGAAACACUCCUCAAUAUGAUCACUGAGAUCGUGGGUAUAUCUACAUUGCCACUUUCAGAAGUGCAACAGAGCGGCAGCAGUCGGGGAACUUAUCCAUCGCCUGCGCCGAUGGACAGCACCAAUGGGAAUUUUGGAGACCCCGGCGUCAAAAGACAAUCCUACACCUGCUCCGGACCUUCUCCUCCUGUAUACUCUCCAGACCAGACGUGUCCGAGGUAUGCAGACGAUCAGGCUGCCGGCCAGGCCCAAGACCCGUCCACUUCCCAGCUCAGCUUCGGUUCUUCCCGAGCUUCAAACCAGAAGAAGGCUGAACCAAAGUCAGAGGCCGCUUCUUUCCCUGUGGUGGUCAAGAAUGAGUUUGAAAGCAGCUGCUACGAGUGGGGGACUUUUAAUAAAUCUGACUGUCUGGAAACGAGUUUCCAGACAGAAACCUUCCCGAUGUCAAAUGAUUUCCCCCCUGAUCAGCAAAUGGAUGUAAAAGAACUUUUAGACACGUUCCCCCCAAUUUGUCCCAACCCAGAGAUGGAGUUUAAAGUGGAGGGAGGUAUCAAACAGGAACCGUGUUUCUCUGACACCUGCUCCCAGAGCUACUCCAGUCCCCUGUACAACAAUUACCUCCCACCGCCGAUGGGCCUCUCCUCUAACCUGAAACCAUUCCCAGAACCUCCACAGCCAUCUAAUCAGUGUGAUUCCUUAUACACAUCACCAGCUUUACCGAGCACCAUAGACUCCAUCCUGUAUUCUUCCUUGUUGCCAGAUUCUUUUGCCCAAAGUUACACCACCCGUCCAACGAAGCCCCCCAGGGCCAGAAAGAGCCCCGCCGCCUCUCACGGCCCAGCCAAAGAGAAACCCUUCACCUGCCCCAUGGAAAGCUGCGACCGGCGCUUCUCUCGCUCGGAUGAGCUCAACCGGCACAUCCGCAUCCACACAGGCCACAAACCUUUCCAGUGCCGCAUCUGUUUGCGCAGUUUCAGCCGUAGCGAUCACCUUACCACCCACACCAGGACUCAUACCGGGGAGAAGCCGUUUUCCUGCGACGUCUGUGGCAAACGAUUCGCCCGGAGCGACGAGAGAAAACGGCACGGACGCGUACACCUGAAACAGAAGGAGAAAAUGGAAAUAAAGCCACAGGUGACCCAGAGCACAUGGCCAUUCACUCUUCCCGAGGGGAUUUGA